AUGAAGUUCUUUACCGGGUUUCUUUUCAUCUCAGCUCUGGCUGCCAUCGCUACUGCCCAAACGGGUGGUUUUGGACCCAACGAUGGCCAGUACAAAGACACCUCGGGUGGACCACGAGAAAAGAUUCAAGCAGCUAUUCAAACCAAACACACUGUGGAGAUGAAGUCGGUGGACAUUCCCUAUGAAGAUCUCGAGCCUCAAAUCAUCGAAGUUGAAGGCGGUGCCAUACCUCUUGAAAUCCACUUCAAGUCAUCAUCCUCUCGCAUCAGAGUCCACCAGACUCAUCAGGCAGGCGGUGCUGGUGAGGUGGAGCAGACCAGUUCAGAGGAGGAGCCGCACAGACUGAUACACGAAGUGAAAAAGCCAAUCAUCCAGGAGGUAAUUACAACUAGUGGUAAAAUGCUAACAGGUAAACUAAUCAACUUUACUCUUUUUCGUCUGGUCACUUGCGGUUGUUUAGGUUCGGAAAUCCAACCGGUGCAAGAGGAGAUUCACACUAUUGUGGCCAAGGGCGAAGCUCGACGCAACUUCGAUCGAUCUCAGUCGAAGGCUGGUGGCGGUGGUGGCGGUGGCAGCGGUGGCAUGGUCCCCCCUGCUGGUUCCGCCGCUCCUCCUGGCGUGCCCAAGUCGCCUGCUCGUCGGGCUGCUGGUGCGAAUACUGCUUCUGACAAAGAAUCAGGGGCACCGGCAAAAUUGCCGUACCCAAAGUCGGUCAUCUUUAUUAUUGGAACGGAACUGUGCGAAAGAUUCAGCUACUAUGGAAUGAAAGCAAUUCUCGUCCUCUACUUUCGGUUUGUUCUCUACUACAGUGAUGACGCUGCCACGCAAAUGUACCAUAUUUUUGCCAUGUGUUGCUACUUUACGCCUGUACUUGGAGCCAUCAUUGCUGAUUCGCUGCUUGGAAAAUUCUGGACCAUUCUUAGCAUAUCGGUAGUGUACGCAGGAGGGAAUAUUCUCCUUGCUAUUGCUUCUAUCAAGGGAACUGUGGUACUCACCUUCAUAGGCCUGUUUUUAAUUGCCUUUGGCACCGGCGGAAUCAAACCAUGCGUGUCUGCAUUCGGUGGCGAUCAGUUCAAGCCAGAGCAAUCUGUCCAGUUAAAGCAGUUCUUUAGCCUUUUCUACAUUUCCAUCAACGCAGGAAGUCUUAUCUCGACGUUCAUUACGCCCAUUCUUCGCCAGGAUGUAGAGUGCAUGGGUCGAAAUGACUGCUAUCCGCUCGCCUUUGGUGUUCCUGCCAUCCUCAUGGUGACGGCCUUGUCGUUGUUCUUCCUUGGAAAGUUUCUCACCAACUACGUCAUGGUGCCGCCCAAAAAGGACAAUGUGGUGGUGAUGGUUUGCAAGUGUGUUUUCCACGCUCUCAGUGGCAAAAUCUUCAGUCGAGGUGUGAAGCGAGACCAUUGGCUAGACUAUGCCGAUGACCAGUACGAUUCUACCACUAUUGCCGACGUAAAAGUGCUGAUGCGCGUCCUUUUCCUCUACCUCCCACUGCCUAUUUUCUGGGCGCUGUUUGACCAGACAGGCUCUCGGUGGACGUUGCAGGCUCUAAGAAUGAACGGCCAAACGGGCGGGUGGACCAUCAAGCCUGACCAGAUUCAGGUGAUCAAUCCACUUUUGAUCAUUCUCAUGAUUCCCGUCUACGAGUACGUUUUCUAUCCCAUCUUUCGCAAGAUCGGCAUCACACGGCCACUGCAGCGCAUGACAGUCGGUGGCAUACUGGCUGGCAUCUCCUUCUUCAUUGUCGGUUUCAUUCAGCUGGCCAUUGAGUCAGAGAGUCCUGGUGAGCUUGUCUCAGGUCACAAUCACGCUGUCUUUGUCAACAGCUACAAAUGUCAGCUAGAGUUUUCCGGACAGCUCAUCGAUGUCAAUCGCGUCACUGUGUUUCCGAAUGUACCACGAGAAAACUUUACCACAAUGACGUUCAACGUCAAAAGCGGCAUAGAUGGCUGUACAGAAAAGUCUUUUACCGUCAGUCCAUCUAUUAACCCAACCCAGUUGAAUGACAAAUCAAACGCUUUAAUCUUCUUGUCGGAAAAGCUAGUAAGCAGUCAGACUGUUGAUGCAGCCAUCUUCAACAACACUCUUGUGAAACCAGAAAAUGGUGGUGCUUUGCUAUUUACUGUUUUUAAUUUGUUAAACUACAACAAUGAAAAGUUUUCUUCAACUGAAACCAAUCAAGAGGUGGUCGCUACAGUAGUCAACAACGGCAGCGCAACAGAGGCUACUUUUGGAUAUUUGAACGAAUUUGAAGUAGAAAUCAAAGGAAAAGACGUCAUCAUGUCAGUGGGUGCUGUGAAAAGUCAUCUUAAGCUAGACCAAGGUGCUUCGUACGUUCAGCUAAUCAGUGGUGAUUUAAAGGAUACAAAGAGUGUUACUUUUAAAACUACAGAAGUUGUGACAAAAAACAAACUUUCUGUUUUCAUGCAAGUGGUUCCCUACUUUGUCAUCACCUGCGGAGAGAUCAUGUUUUCAGUUACUGGUUUGGAGUUUUCUUAUCAACAGGCUCCAAAAUCAAUGAAAGCCGUUUUGCAAGCUUGUUGGCUACUGACUGUGGCUUUUGGUAAUUUGAUCAUUGCCAUAAUCGCUGAUGCAAAAAUAUUUCCCUUUCAAUCGUAUGAGUUCUUUUUCUUUGCUGGGCUAAUGAUCAUUGAUAUGGGCAUUUUUGCGCUGAUGGCCUACUACUACGUGCCAUCAAAACUGGCCGAAGAAGAAGAGGCAGAAAAUGAAAAGACAACAGAUGAAAAUGGCUCCUCACCGGUGCCUUAUGGAAACGGAAAAGCAGAAAAGUGGGAUGAUGAUUGA